AUGAACUUCGAUGUCCGGCUUCUAAAGAAACGCAGAAAUGCACGUUUUAAGCUCGCGAAUCUUACGUUGCCUGAACGACAGGCAGGAGAGACUUUGUUGCAGGUACACCCGUAUGUGAACAUAAAGGGCCAACAUGCACAGGUGACCAGAAGCAACAAGGACGCAAAUCCAGGGACACUGCGGAGGAUUCUCUCCACGGAAUGGCAGGAUCCCGAGAUCCUGAGGAGGGAACAAGAGAGGCUCGAGGCCAACUCACGGCCAAUCCCUCUGGAUUCGUUCGCGUUUGGGAGACUGUGCGACGGCUACGUCUUCUCACCGGAAGCCACUUUCACCGGGACUUGCGCAGUAGUGCUUGAUAUGGCUAAUCGUCGCAUGACACUGACAUAUAAGCCUACCCCGGCUCCAGCUAGGCCCGCCGAUGAUGCUGCAUCAUCGAGGAUGGAUAUCAUGGGUGUUUCCUCCAUUGAUCUAUCCUCGAUUUUUCAGGAUCUAAUGGUAGGCGAUACUGAAGGGAGUGCUUUCUUUCCUGCCUCGAAGAUUGGCGCGCUUGCCUACGCCGGUCCUUUGGGGGUUGUGGUGGAAAGCGAAGUGCGACCCACUACCCAAGUCUUGAAAAUGGGUGUCAUGUCUAGUAUUUUGGACAGGGAUCCGAUCCCGGAACGUGUAGCAAACAUCGAUGGCAACGCUGCCUUCCAGUACGUCGGGCGCCAGUUCCUCCUCAGAUUCAAGACAGCGGAAGCGGUGGACAUCUUCUGGCAGAGAUGCGUGGAACUGCGUCUGCGUCAUCCGUCACCAUCGCCACAAAGAGUGACAGUCAGGGAUCUUGAUAUCUAUUCGCCGGAGAGAAUGAAUGAGCUGCGGAUCGUUCUGCGGUCAUUGGACUUCAGCGUCGCAUUCGAGGCAACGAAGGCCGUGUAUGGUGGUAUCCUGGAACCUGCGGAAGUGGUGAAAUUACAGCCGGCCAUAGCUCGGCUCAGCCUUAGCUAUGGACUUGAGUUCCCGGAUAUCUUUCGUGUUUUUGUAGCAAACCUGGAGACCUGUCACCUGACUCCAGGCGGGCGUCGAGGUCGAAGAGCACGGCGCCCGUACCGAGAACAUCAAGACGCUCUCAGUCAUCAGCCUCGGGUGUUGGUCCCUCAACUUGAAGAUGCUGCGCAAGUCUAUGUCACCCAACUCCAGCGACCCAGGCAUCGACUACGCACAUUGUCCUCGCCCACCGUCCUCCGAUCAUUUUUUUUGGUCGUUACGCCCUCAACUUUCGUAUUGGAAGGACCCUUGCCCGACCAGGGGAACAGUGUGCUUCGGCGCUUUGGGCAUCACGAUUCAUUUCUUCGAGUGUCUUUCGAGGACGAGGACCUCUCGAAGAUGCGCGCAGGGCCUGGGUCUGAUAUCUCGGCUUUAUUGAAACAAAGAUUCCGACCCUUGCUUGUGGACGGGUUUCAGCUCGCUGGCCGGAACUAUGAGUUUCUUGGAUAUUCCAUGAGCGGACUUCGACAGCAUUCAGUGUGGUUCGUUUCGCCUUAUAGAGAUGAGGCCGGCGUACUUAUGAAUGCAGAGAGCAUCCGCACGCGAUUGGGCGAUUUUAGUAGAAUCGCCUACAAGCCGGCUCGUCUAGCGGCAAGAUGGGCGCAGGCCUUCUCGACUUCCGAUCCCUCUGUCACCCUUGACGAUUCGCAAAUAAGGCAGAUCGAUGACAAGAUAGCGCAGGAUGGGACCUGUUUUACGGACGGAUGCGGGACUAUAUCCACAGAAUCACUUCGUGAAGUCUGGACACAUAUGCGAAGAUCUCAAGGGAAGCUGUCUGGGCUGCCGAAGCCGCCGCCGUCAUGCCUUCAAUUCCGCCAUGGGGGUUACAAGGGCGUCCUUGUAGAAGACAACCGAUUGGAAGGCAAGGUAGUGUGUUUCCGACCGUCCCAAAGAAAAUUCAACGCUCCUGCAGGUGGGACACUUGAUAUCACAGCCACGUCGACCCGUCCCAUUCCCAUGUUCCUAAAUCGACCUAUGAUCGUGCUCAUGGAGUAUCACGGAGUGGACGAAGGGUAUAUAUUUCGACUUCAAGAAAGAGCGAUAGCCGACGUACACAGUAUCUUCGCAUCUUUUGAACGAGCGUCCUAUCUGUUCCAGUCUCAUGGGUUGGGUGCUUCUUUUGGACUCCCGAGUCUCUUCAAACACUUGGACGCGCAAUUGGACAUCGUCCCAUACAGUCUAUCGACACUCCACGGUCUCAAACAUCAACUGCUGGAUAUCUGUCUAUGCUAUGGAGCAACCCAUGUACUUCGAGAAAUCAAACACCGGGCGCGUAUACCCGUUCCUGGUUCUGUGACUCUCAUCGGUGUGUCGGAUGAAUGGGAUUGUCUUGCGGAGAACGAGAUCUUCGCAACCGUGUAUGAUCCUAGAACAGGGGACAUCCGCCCAAUUGAGGGCGACGUCCUCAUAACGCGCAGCCCCCAGAUUCAUCCCGGCGAUCUCCAGGUCGUCAGAGCAGUGAGGCGUCCGCAACUACAGCACCUCAGGAAUGCAGUCGUCUUUCCUUGCCGUGGUCGCAGAAGUCUUCCAUCGUGCCUUGCGGGUGGUGAUCUUGACGGUGACAUAUUUAACCUCAUCCUGGACCCGAACCUUAUGCCCCGCAGAGUAUCUGAGCCCGGUUCUUACAAAGCUCUCGAGGACAGAACCCUAAACAGACCGUGUACAAUCGGUGACAUAGCUGAUUUCAUUAUCGACUAUAUCAAGUCUGAUUUAGUCGGAACCAUUGCCAUACACCACCUAAUACUGGCAGAUCUUACCGAUCCUGGGCAACCGGAUUGCAUCAAAUUAGCAGAAUAUGCAUCCCAUGCCGUUGACUUCCCGAAGACUGGGACGGCAGUACAGAUUGGAGAUUUGCCUCGAGUGCCCUCAGAGAGGCCAGAUUUCUUGGCACAUGAGGGUACCGAUCCCAGCACAAGCAGGCGCUUCUACCCUAGCAAGAAGACCCUUGGUAAGCUUUUCAGAAACGUGCCCAUGGACAUCCGUCCUCCAGAUGAAGACUACGCGGAGCCCACUCACGGCUCCAUGAUACGUGCCGCACUGCCCGCUAUCACCAGCCCCCCCGCUGAAUUGCGUAGGGAGAUGCAGGAUCUCAUGGAAGCCUACAUAGACCAGCUCUUCACUAUCGCGAACUCGAGCUCCCUCUCGCCACGGAACGGGCUAUCCGAAGGGGAACUGGUCAGCGGGACUAUUCAAGCUACCUGGAACGAUCAUCAAAAGCGCAGGGACGCUGUAGCUGUCAUGAAUUUCCAGACUCACGAACUUGUGAAAGUGAUUCGAAGGGAGCUCAGGGGAGAUCUAGACCGUCAAGCAGCAAGGGAGAACGACGCCGAUGAAGGUGAUUUCUAUGACGAUUCAGACGAUGAUGAGGAUGAAGAGUUUGAGCGGAGGGAGGAAACGCUCAGGCGUGCCUAUGCCGCCUGGAUCAUAGCUGAAGAAGCAGUACGCCGAGACCCUGACGGCUUCGGUGCGCAGAGUUUCGGUCUGAUAGCUCUAGGGAUGAUCUUGCAUACGUUGCAUGAGGAGAGCAGGGCGUACGCGUAA